GCCUGGGAAGCGGGAUUGUUAUUAUCGUGCAGCUCUUCUCUUCCACCGUAUGCAACAAAGAAAAUCUUCUAAGAAAGCCUUUACUUGUUCACCACUUCCGCCUGCAUCAUGACGGAAAGAGCCAGCAAAGAAACACCCAGGCGAAAUUUGUCAUUGUCUAAGAGUAAGAAGAAAGGCAAUGUCAAAGCUGGGAUUUCUGCCAGUCCUGCCACCACAACUCCUAUCAGUUUCUUCUUCAGCAGCCAGCCCCCCCCUAAGCUGGCCUGCCCCCUGUGUGGCCAGCUGGUACCAAGAUUCAAGAUCAAUGAGCACAUUGAUUUGCAAUGUCAGAACUUUGAGAGAGGAGACAGCGGUGCAGCCUCAGCAAGUAAUAGUGUCGUGCCAAGCAUGCAACUGUCACCCAUAAGGAAUCCCCCAAAGUCCCCAAAGCUGGAUCCAAAGAAUGAAGAACAGAUCGAAGACACCAAGACCAGCCCUUACUUCAAAAAGAAUGAUUCUCAGCAAGCACAACGCGAGAUGAGAAGUAAAAGAGUGGUCAGGACGAUUGACCUGGGAAGUCUCUCCUCCAAAAUAUCUACGAAAUGUCAUACAUCACCUAAGAGAACCAAGACAGGAGAUAAACAGGCACCAAUGGAUACUGAACAGGAGAUAUGUUGUUCUUCUUCUGAGACCCUCAGCAGCUCACAGAAAGAGAAUAUUCAGACUUUAGAAGAGAAACAAAAUUAUGUAACAGUCAUUGACCUCACAGACGCUAGUACUGAUUCUCCAGCAGCAGUGGAAGAUAUAUCAGGUUUUUCAGACAAAAGACCUUAUCCUAAACGCAAAGCUCCUAAAUCUGAGAAAGUGGUUACUCCAAAGCUGCCGUCUUCAUCCUCUAAACUAUCAAAGAAAAAGAAGAGAAUACCUCCAACUGGCAGCGUGUCGGUCAGAAAGAAAGCAAAAUAUGGGGGGAGCAAUGUGGAGCCAGAGGAGGUGUUUUCUAGUGACAUUAAAGCAGAGAUGACGGAAACAGACAAGCCUCAAACUGAGGUACCAUCUACCACUACUUGUGACCCCCUUCUGACUUCAGAAGAAACAGAUGAGAAAGGUCCUGCAGUGAUCAAAAGUGAUACACAGUCAGAGUCUGUUGCUGAGAACAUCACGAGUGACCAAUCAGUCGAUGGAUCUCUUCCUCCACGGCUUCCCUACUACCUUCGUAACUUCCUGACCGUACUACAGGCUGUACUGGAGAAUGAGGACGACAGGUCAUUGUUCAACCAGGAUGACAUGUCACUCAUACAUGCAUUUAAGGAACUCUCAGUCAUGGGCCAGAAGCUUUAUGUGAGACUCUUCCAGAGGAAACUGAAGUGGCUCCAAGUUAAUAAACUGGAUUAUGAAGAGAUAUGCAGUGAUCUUGGACCUGUUGCUCAGGAGCUGGUUGAAGCUGGUUUUCUACAGUCAGAGCGUGACCUACAGGACUUGGGGGAGACUCUGGAUCUCCUGCCAGCUCCCGAACUCAAAUCUCUGGCUAAGACUUUCCAUCUGGGCAAUUCCGGGACUCAGAAACAGCAGUUGGUCGAUGGACUUCUUCGUUUGAGCAGGCAAAAGUCGCUCUUCUCUCUGUCCCCUGCUCAGAACCACAUUGGGGCUGUCAUCCUCAAAAGGGCAAAGCAGCUUGCAAGUUCCUGUGUCCGCCUCUGUCGCGGUGCUCGGGCUGUCUUUUCUCGAAUCCCUCUCUUCUCUUUGACGGACACCCUGGAGGAGGAGGAGACGGCAGCUGGUGGGCAGAGCCAGCUGUUCACCAUCCUGCUGGUUAACUCAGGACGCCUGGCCUUCCCAGACUACACAGUGCAGCGUUCAGCCAAGGUGUUCCAGGACAGAGAGGAUCUUAUCAGAUAUGAAGCAUCCAUGCGAACCCUGCAGGAGGUAGUUACAGCCAUGCAGGGAGGUCAGUGGGAAGAGGCCAUGGAGCUCUACACUGCGGCCAAAAGUGUCUGGAAGGAGCUGAAGACAGACCAUGACCUCAGUCACGAGGAGGAGCUGCCUGUGUUCCUGCGCAGCUUCACUACAGGAUGGGCUUACACUCGGAUCUUAUCCAGAGGGGUGGAGAUUUCACAAAGGCUACGUUGCUAUGAGGAAGCAGUAGAGGAGCUGCAGUCCUUACUGUCGCAAUCUGUUUACUGUCCUGACAGCCGAGGCCGAUGGUGGGACAGACUGGCACUAAACCUUCAACAGCACCUUAAAAAACCUGAGCAGGCUAUCUGUGCCAUCAGAGAUGGGAUGUCAGACCCUCUGGUGCGUACUGGACAUAAACUGUCUCUUCAUCAAAGAGCUGUCAGGAUGAAAGAGUCUGCCAGCCUGAAGAAGCAUCACCUGCAACUGAAUGACAUGCCCACUAUUCAAGUGCAAGAUGUCACACAUGUGACCAUUCGGGGACAGCUGUUCCCCCAUGAGGGGGGCAUGGGGAAAUCUAGGUUUCUUUUACCAGCAAUUGGAGUUGGGGAAGAGGGUGCUGAUGCCACCAUAAUAUGCUCUGUGGAAGACCUGUCUUUAGCACAUUACCGUCAACAAGGCUUUGACCAAGGAAUCCAUGGAGAGGGAUCAACCUUCUCAACAUUGUUUGGUGUUCUGCUUUGGGACAUCAUUUUUAUGGAGGGUAUUCCAGAUGUUUUCAGAAAUCCUUACCAGACAUGUCCGCUGGAUCUUUACACUGACUGUUUCUAUGAGAACAGAAGAGAGGCGAUAGAUUCUCGUGUGCAGUUAGUCAGCGAGGCUUCUGUGGAGACUCUGCAUGACAUGUUGGCGGAGGUGUGGACCUCCCAUGAGGGCAAAGUGUGUUCACUGGUCAACUGGGAGCGCUUCUCAUCCCUUCAACAUGCACAGUCUCUUGUGUCAUGCAUGAGAGGAGCCUUCUUAGGAGGAGUAAUAAAACGAAUGUCGAAAGACUACAGACACUGCCGUGGAGGUUUGCCUGAUCUAGUGGUGUGGAACACCUCAAACAACACUUACAAGCUGGUGGAGGUGAAGGGGCCCAGUGACCGGCUGUCCCAGAAGCAACAGAUCUGGCUGGAUGAGCUUCAGAAGCUGGGAGCCGAUGUGGAGGUGUGUCACGUGACGGCGAUAGGAGCCAAAGGAGCUCGUCUGGAAUAAACAGACACAGAGGAACUGACUGAUAAGACUUUGCUGCUAAUGAAUCAGAUUGUGGUCAAAAUGGAAACAUCAGCAGACAAGACUCUGGGAAUUUUCUUUCUGAUUCGUGACGUCAUCUAGAACCGAUGCUGAUGUUCAUCUCAAAAACUCAAUUUAUCCUCAACAUGUCACAGAUGUUAUCUUAUUCCGGAAAAGGCGGUGUGCCUUGCAAUAUGUGGCAUUAACAUCAGGGAGACCACUGCAUCAGCGGGAAGAGGAUGAAGAUCACAAGAGGAAGAUCAUCACUGAGAAACUGAAAUACAUCGCCUACAGAUAAUUAGAGUUGAUGCAUGACAGGAAACAAAUCCAACGUUCACACACCAAACGAUGGUGAUUUAUUUUCUUUUGGAACACUCCGGAUGUUAGGUUGCCAAGCAACAAAAACUCACAAUUUGUUGGCAGCUUAAUGAAUUGUAAUACAGCUCUACGACUUUGUGAGCAAGUAAAAACUGUGAUACAAUACUACUCUACCAGAACAUUUAAGAACAGGGCUGCAAUUAAAUAUUAUAUAUUUUUAAAACAAAAUAUUUUUGUUUGUUUUCUCCAUUAAUUAAUAAUCAUAUGGUUUAUAAAUGUCAGAAAAAUGUGAACUUUACAUUGUCUUAGAGCCCGAGAUGCUUCCUCAACAUUGCUUGUUUGGUCUCAUCAGUCCAAAACCCUAUUUAUUGAGAUUACUACAGUAAAUAAACUAAACAAACAAACACAGCUAAUCUUUACAUUUGAAAAGUUAACACACUUAGUAUUAUAGCACUGUUGUUGGCUGAAAUGACUCAAAUAAUGUAUUGAUUAUUAAACCAAUGAUUUUCUUUUUAAACAUAUAAAUAGGCAGUGGUAUUAAAGUGAUCUAAA